CCCAAAUCCGAAUUUUGUUUCCAAUCCCUAGAGAUUCCAGUUUCCCCCGUCGGGAUCCAUGGAGGGCUUAUCCUAACCUAAUUUCAUCUCCUACAUUUCUCUAGGUUAAUCUUUCACAAGCUACUAAUGUUCCAUACUUCCGUUUAUUUCUUUUAUCUUUUCCAUCGCUUCUGAAUCUCCGUGGGUUUAAUGUCCGAUCAUGCGUAAUCGUAAUUGUCAAUGAAUUUGAAUGAGGAAGGAAACGAUUCCGCGUUGAUGUUUCGUGGUUUCUAAAUUCUAAGAAUUCCGAUGAAUCUCUUUUCAAUUUCUAGCUCAGACCGAAAAGGAUGAUCAUACACACACACACACACACACUAAGCUAAUCUGCAUCUUCUGAGAAAAUUUCAGAUAUUGUAUUUUCAUUCAUAAAUGCUCAAAAAGCAGAUUGGUGUUACGUCAUCUUCUUAAUCUGUAGUGUCCGGUGUAGUUGAAUCGCAGACGGUGAUGGAUACUGAAGCUACUCAACAAGGAAAGCAAGAGCGGUCAUCAAGAAAGAGAUGGACUCCUACACUAGACAAGGUUUUAGCUGACUUGGUUGUUAAACAGAUCCAGUCAGGAAACAGGCAGAACAAUGUUUUCGACAGGAAAACAUGGAAUAACAUAAGGACUGAGUUCAACGAGCAGACGGAACUCAACUACAACAACAAUCAGUUGAGGAAACAUCUGGCUGUUCUGAGGCAACGCUAUGACUCUUUGAGAUCUUCUAAUGCUCAGAACGAGUUUGUUAUGGAAGAUACUCGAUGUAUCUUGGGUCUUGAUUUGUGGGAAGAUUUCGGUGUACAGCCUAGGAGUGAACUGGUUAAAGUCAAUCACUGCCUUAUCUAUGAGCAGCUUUGCACUAUAUUUGGUGAUGAUUCCGCUGAGGGUAAAUAUGCUCAGUCAAGUCACUUUGAGGGACUAGAAGAAUCCAUGGCAAAUCAGAACUCAGGUUUGUUCACAUCUCCUACCAAAAGGGACAAAAUUUCGUCGGAGAGAAAAAGGAAGAGAGAACCGGAUUCAAAGACUUGUUUGGCUCCGAGUCAGAUUGAUACAGCAGCACUGGAAACCAUGGGAGGUGCUUUGUCAGAUAUGUUGACUUCUAUGAGGUCAAGGAUUGCUGAUUUGAAAACGCCAGAUGACAGAUAUAGUAUCACAAACUGCAUCAAUGCGCUUGACGAGAUGGAGAACGUGGAUGAUGGUGUCUACUUUGCAGCUUUAGACCUUUUUGAGAAUCCUGGUCUUAGAGAGACCUUUAUUUCCCUUAAAGCUAACAAGUUACGCUUGACUUGGUUGCAAGUUAAGUGCAGGAAACUCUCUCCUUCAGUUGCACAGCUAGGUUGAUUUCAAGCUAUCGUAAUAUAUAUAUAUAUAGCUAAUCGUUGUUUCAAGUAAACUAAUAGAUUUGGCCUUUUGUAUA